AUGGAUGUGUUAGAUGCAGAGGACGAAAUGAUCCCCAUAGAUGUUUUGAAAUUUUCAAACUUCAGCUACGAAACUCCACCUACUAAAUCAUCCACAGACAAAAAAGAAUACGCUGUCAUAAAACUGAACAAUGGGUUAACAGCUUUACUUAUUUCGGAUCAAAGUGAUUUGGGCGGGGCGUCCCAGGAUUAUGAUGGCGACGAAGAGGUUGAUGAUGAUGAUAAUUCAGAAGACGAAGAGACUGAAUUCAAUUAUGACGCUGAAGACGAAGAGAGUGAAAGUUUCAAUGAAUCGUACAAUGAUACAGAAAGUAUCAGUCAUAGUGAAUCUAGUAUAGGGGUAUCAGUGCUGGAGGAUGACUCCAGUUAUGAAAAUGAAAAACUGGGAAUGUCUGCGUGUGCAGUUUGUGUCGAUGUUGGCAGCUUCAACGACCCAGAAGACAUGCCAGGGUUGGCACACCUGUUAGAGCAUGUGAUUGGCGCCGGGAGUCGCAUUCACCCUGCCGAAGAAAAAUUCGGUUCAUUGGUCCACGAGUUAGGUGGCUCGUUCUUUUCAGCUACAAGAUGCGAAUGUGCAACAUAUUAUUUCGAUUGUCUCAAAGACAACAUACAAUUCUUCCUGGACAGAUUUUCCAAACACCUAAUCUCCCCCGUUCUCGACCACGAUACUAUCGAAGAAGAGAUCGAAAAUAUAAAAUACGAGUUUCAAAGCAGUGUUUGGAGCAACAACCACGUUAACAGAAAGCUUAUUAUGUGUAGCACUGCCAAUAAAACUAACCCUGCACAUAAGAUAGUAAACGGUAAUAAAAUAAUAAACCAGAAUAUAUCUCGAGAAAGUCUCCUUCGACAAUUAUGUGAAUUUUGGAAAAAGAACUACUCAGCACAUCGUAUUACACUAGCCAUCCAAUCUAAACACGCCCUAAAAACGCUUGAAAUGUGGGUGGAAAAGUAUUUUUUUGACAUACCUUGUAACAACCUACCAGCUGAAGUAUUUCCUCCUUGUGAGACUCCCUUCAAAACAGAAGAGUUUUGUAAGUUGUACACAGUUGAACCAUUUGAAGACGAACACCUGUUACAAAUAAGUUGGGUACUACCGUCAGUUGUAAAACUCUACAAAUCAAAACCAUUGCACUAUAUUCGUUGGUUAGUUGUCCAAGAAUGUUCAGGAUCCUUGUUGGCUUUUUUGAGAAUGAAAAACUGGGCAUCCAAAGUAACUUGUAACGAUCCUCGUAGCACAGUCGACUUCAACUCGAUCUACAGUAUAUUUUCCAUCAAAAUAACUCUCACCCACACUGGACUUGAUCAUUUGGAAGACGCAUGUUGCGUUAUUUUUACUUACAUUAAAUUCCUCCGUGAAUCAAUCCCGGUAUCAUGGAUUUUCAACGAAAUAAAAACUGUGGCAGAUAUACUUUUCACACACUCAACUGAAACUUGGCCGCUGUUGAAUGUGAAAAAUUUGGCUGAAAAUAUGCGUCUAUAUCCUUCCACUGACUAUUUACAAGGCGAACAUAUAUUUUCCGAAUACGGCUCUGAUCUUAUUUCACAGUUACUUGAGUUGAUGAAACCUAACAAGGCUAACAUAAUGAUCACAUCUUUGAAUAAAUCUGAAAAUGUUCCACUAGACCAUGUCGAAUCGUUGCUCGGUAAGAAGUACCAUAAGAGUGAUUAUAAUUCCGAGUUUGAAAUAGAGGAUCACACAGCAAAAGAAUAUUUUUGUUUGCCCAAUGCAAAUCCGUUUAUUGCCAACGAUUUUAGUAUUUGGAUGCCCUUGAAGAUGAGAGUUUUCCAGAAGGUUGUGAGACAAGAAAUCUACGCAGCGUUAACAUGUGGGUAUGAUUAUUCAUUAAGCUUCGACGAAAAUGGGUUUGAAAUAUUUUUAUACGGAUUCAAUGAUAAAUUAAUAUUGUUAUUGGAAUCUGUACUGGAAUGUGUUAAAAAAUCUGGAAGUAUAUCUGAUUUGAUAUCGGAUGAAGAAUUUGAGGAAUUUUUUGAAAGCGCUAUCUCCAAAACUGAUUUGGAAAACAAACCGUUUAAAUUAUGUUAUCAAAUGAUUCAAAAAGUUAUUUUUACCCCUAGUUGGAGCUAUUUUGAUAAGUUAUCCGUAGACAAGACAGACGAACCGUUGACAAGAAGUCACUUGGAUUCAUUUGCAAAAACGUUCUUGCAGACAAGUACUUUGAAGUGUUUUAUUAAUGGGAAUAUAUCUAAAGAGCAAGCAAUGCUAAUGAUGACAAAAACAUAA